UAUGAUGUGUAGAUCUGCGAUUCUGUUCUGAUCCAGCCCAUGCUGUUUUCCUGCGCGCGCUCGUUGAUAUUGCACUAUAUUCUGUUCAGUAACAGCUUGUCUCUCAUUGAUCCAGAUCCAGCUCUGAGUAAAUCAGCGCUGAUGCAACAACAGCCCCGCUGAGUGAGUUAUAAACACCGCAGACACUCAAUACCGACCAGCAGCAGCAUUAGCGGCUCCUCGGAUUAAUCUUUACCCGGGUUAGAGAGCUCUGUGGCCGGCCUGCGAGCUGCUCUCGGUGCCGCUCUGUUUACUGGCUGAUCUCUGGAGUGUGUUUAUUAGAGUCCGGUUCGGUUCUGGACUCAUCAUGUUAACUCUGUUAGGUAGCCUCAAACAAUCAUUGUCAGAUAAGCUGACACAAAGGUUAACACUCAGAUGAAAUCUCUUACCUGUAACAUUUUAUUUAAUCUCUUUUAAUAAAAGAGUAUUUCCUACUUUAAAUAUUUUACUAUUCUUUAGUCUUUUAGCUUUUGCGUUUUAUCUGGAGUUCUGCUGAGGCGGUUUGCAGUAUGGUUGAGACUGUAGUCUGUAAUAAUGGGGGGAAAGAGGACGUUAUGGAUGAACAGAAGACAGAGGAUGAAAAUGACUGUUCAAAGGAGGUUGAGGAAUCUCCUCCAUAUGAGAUCUGUACCAAAACAGACCCAGAACCUCAGAAACCUUGGGCCUGGAAGUGGUCGGUCAUCUUUCUCUGUUUCUACGGCUUCAUGGUCCAGCUGAAGCCUGGGGAGCCUUUUAUUACACCCAACCUGCUGAGCCCAGAGAAGAACUUCACCAGGGAACAGGUCACCAAUGAGAUCAACCCAGUGCUGUCUUACUCCUACAUGGCAGUGCUGGUCCCCGUGUUCCUGCUGACGGACUACCUGCGCUACAAACCUGUAUUGGUGCUCCAGAGCAUGAGCCACGUCUCCAUCUGGCUCCUCCUGCUGCUGGGAUCCUCCCUGCUGGAGAUGCAGUUCAUGGAGUUCUUCUACGGCAUCACCAUGGCGGCUCGCGUGGCCUACUCCUCCUAUAUCUUCUCCCUGGUCCCGGCAUCUGUGUAUCAGCAGGUUGCCAGUUAUUCGCGCUCCUCUGUGCUGAUGGGUGUGUUCACCAGCUCAGUGAUGGGUCAGCUGUUCAUGUCGCUGGGCGGUAUUUCGUACGGGAUGCUCAGCGCCGUCUCGCUGGGCUUCGUGUCGUUCGGACUCCUGCUGUCCACCUGCCUGCCGUGGCCCAAGCGCAGUUUGUUCUUUAAUCAGAGCCGCCUGGAGGAGGAGAGGAGGAACGCGGCUCAGUCUGAACUGGACCAGAUGAAGCCGGAGGAGGAGAAGAAGAAGACGGUGAAGGCCGUGGAGAGCUCCUGCUGCGGAUGCUGCUCCUCCUGGACGAACUCUGUGUUUGUGCAGAUGCUGAAGGAGCUGAGGAAUGUUGUGAGAAUGCCCAGACUCAGACUGUGGAGCCUGUGGUGGGUGUUUAACUCUACAGGCUAUUACCUGGUGGUGUUCUACGUUCACAUACUGUGGAAUAAAGUGUAUCCUGCUACAGAACAGAAGCACGUCUAUAACGGAGCGGUGGAGGCCGCCUCUACUUUGCUGGGUGCGAUCACGUCGUUUGCGGCAGGCUUUGUGAAGAUCAAAUGGAACGUGUGGUCUGAGCUGGUGAUCGGUGGGAUUACUGCAGCACAGGCUGCUUUACUGCUGCUUAUGGGCACCACUGACAACAUCUGGGUGUGCUACGUGGCGUACGCUCUCUUCAGAGGCUUCUACCAGUUCCUGGUCCCCAUCGCUACGUUCCAGAUUGCCUCCUCUCUCACUAAAGAGCUGUGUGCUCUAGUGUUUGGAGUGAACACGUUCGUGGGAACGAUUCUGAAGACCAUUAUUACUCUAAUUGUAGCAGAUAAGAGAGGCUUGGCUCUGCCUGUGCACUCCCAGUUCUUUGUGUACUUCUUUUACUUCACGCUGCUGACGGUGGUGUAUCUGGGCUGUGCUGCUUGGGUCAUCACGCAUUAUUACCGCACUCAGAGGCAGGAGCAGGUCCCCACCGAGGCGACCACGACUAUAGAGCUCGGUACGGCAGAAGCCCCCGCCUCAGAGACGGACCCUCUCUCAAACGGAUCCAGUAUAAAAGCUUAAAGACUGGGAGAUCUCUGCAGUGUUUACAGCUGAAGCCUCUUCUCGCUCGGUUCUCAGAUUCUGGCUGAAUUUCCAGGAUUCUGUAAGAGCCUGAGCUCAACUCUCUAUGCACAAGUUUCACACUUUUAGUGCAGGGACCUACUUUUAGAGUUGGGCGGAGCUUUUUAGACACAACUC